GCAGCGGGCUGCGAGUGCCGGCCACGGUGGCAGCGGGUGGCAGCUGUCCCUGUGUCCCUGCCUCCUCCUGCCGCACGCCGAGCCGCUCCUGCCCAUCCUACGGGAGCAGGGGACAGCGAGCCUGGCAGCCUGCAGGUGUCUCCCGGCGGAGGAGGCUGCGGAGCCCCUCGGGAGGAUGAUGUGCGGUGCCCGAGCAGAUGUUCACUCGCCUCUGGGGCUCCUCGGGAGGCAGAGCCGCUCCGCUCCCCUCAGCGCGCUGAAGCUCCGCGGCUGCGAGAGACCGGCCCCGCUGCCGCGCCGGCAGCUGCUGCUCUAACCAACAAAGGCAGGGUUUCAAGUGAAGGGGAAGGAUGGGAGUGUGGCUGCAGAGCUUCCUUCACCGCUCCAGCAGCAGAUUGGAAGAAGCUGAGAGUUUUGAUGCCUGGACAACUGGAUUCUGAAUCGUGAGAGGCUUUGAAACCCACCCCCCCCUCCCAAAUAAAACAAACCCCUUUGACUUCUUCUCUCAGCAGGAGGGGGAGGGAGGGCGGAUUUACCAUGAAGACAAAUCGAAGAUGCAGAGCCCUGCUAGCAGUGAGUCUGAAUCUGAUGGCUCUCCUCUUCUCUACAACAGCUUUUAUCACGACCCACUGGUGUGAGGGCACACAGAGGGUCCCCAAGCCGAGCUGUGGGAAAGAGAAGAAGACAAACUGCCUCAACUACGGCGGGAAUGAGACUGCAAAUGAGACGAACCAGAAUGUGGUUCAUUACAGCUGGGAGACGGGAGAUGACCGCUUCCUUUUCAGGUAUUUCCACACUGGGAUCUGGUACUCCUGUGAGGAAAAUAUCAAUGCUGCUGGUGAAAAAUGUCGAAGUUUUAUUGACCUUGCCCCGGCUUCUGAAAAAGGUGUGCUGUGGCUCUCAGUGGUGUCCGAGGUGUUGUACAUCAUGCUGUUGGUCGUCGGGUUCAGCCUCAUGUGCCUCGAGCUCUUUCAUUCAAGCAGUGUCAUAGAUGGGCUCAAGUUAAAUGCCUUUGCUGCUGUCUUCACUGUGCUUUCAGGUCUCUUGGGGAUGGUGGCACACAUGAUGUACACUCAAGUUUUCCAAGUGACAGUCAGCCUUGGGCCAGAGGACUGGCGACCACACUCCUGGGACUAUGGAUGGUCCUUCUGUCUGGCGUGGGGCUCCUUCACCUGCUGCAUGGCUGCCUCCGUCACCACCCUCAACUCUUACACUAAGACUGUCAUUGAAUUCAGGCACAAGCGCAAAAUCUUUGAGCAGGGCUUUCGAGAAGAGCAGAACUUCCUAGACCAGGAAGCCAUCAAGUACUUCAGAGAAAGGGCUUCACAACACCCAGCUCUAAGUGUCACUAGCCCGCAGAGGAACAGGAGUGACCAUAAUGCUCAGAAAAUUCCCCCAUUCGCUACGUCAAGCUCUUCCAGCGACUCAUCAAGCAGCUCUUCACUUUCAUCAGAACCAACCAGCCAGAUCUCCAUGGUUCAGGAUCAAACCCUGCUGGACAUCACCUCCAUCACUAGAUUGGCCCCAGGGGAAUCACCAAACCCUCAACCACUUGAGCAAAGAGAUACAAAUUUAGCAAUAUCGUGUUCCAGCCCACUCGGAGCAAGGACUAUUCCAACAUCUUGCCCAGCCAGCCUCAGGCUCAGUCUAACACCCAGCUCAGCCAAGCCACAGCAAUACUCUGACUGCUCUCCAGUCAGCCCAGGGAUCAAUGCAGCUUCCUUCUCCACCUUCUGUCCUCACUCAGCACAAAACGUACGAGCUUCAGCUUCAGAUCACACACUGACCCCAACCAGGACAAGCACAAGGCCUCCAGCAACAGCGACUCCUGAAGAGAGUUCCCAGGCUCCUGGCUAUUCUAAAACUGAAGUAAAGAAUACAGGAAAGGGGUUUGAAUCAGAUCUGGAAGAUCCUGAUCAUGAGAGGCAGGAGAUUUGUAACCACACAGCAAUUCCAAGCCAUGGAGAAAGAGCUAGAGGAUGUAAAGGAAGACCUGAAAUGCCUGAAGUGGAAGGUGAGACACAUAGGUGAGACGGUGCAGCCCCUGGCCGAGGACAGCAAGAGGUACAAUGGCUACACCCUGACAGAGCUCAAGGCCAUGGUGCAGUUUGAGGAUGACCCUUACAAGGCUGCCCACAAGAUCCUCACCGCCCUCUUCAGCGACGUCUACUGGCCACAGCACCCAGCCACCGAGCAGGCCUGCAACUCCCGCUCCCUGCCCAAGCCCAGAAUAGACCCAGAGCUCUACAUGGUCUACUGUGACAUUCUGAAAAGCAUAUUCCCUGGAAUUAGCAGCCAGACUUGGAGGGAAGAGACACAACACAUGCAGCCAGGCACCCAGAAAGCAGUGCAGUAACACCAGAGCCCACGGGUGCUGUGCAAAGUGCCGGGUCUGCCGUGACUUUAGAGGACUGGACUGGGGUAGGUCCCGUGGUCCCCUUUAGGUAUGGAUUGUCUGUGAAGGUGUUGGUGAGCUCUGAGCCCUCAUGCCACUUGCCCAGUGACACAGAGUGGGACGGCAUCCUGCACGCUUCCCACAUUUUAGAAAACAAUUGCUCCUUUGGUGUCUCUUUCAAUCUAUGGACGUUUCCUUCUUUCCAGCAACUACAAAUGCUGACAAAAGAAUCCCACGAAGGCGUUGUACGUCCAAGCAAGGGCCUUCUCCCAGCCCCAAACAGACCAACCAACCAGCAUCUGGGUAGUUUCUAUUUUCUAGAGUGUAUCAUUCAUUAAAUGACAUUACUUGUUAGAAAAUCGUG